AUGAUGAUUUUAGGAAAUUUAGGUAGCCGUAUUACUACGGCUAUGACAGAGUUGAUUAAGACGCAAUCAGUUGAUGAAAAUGUUUUAGAUACAUUGUUGAAAAAGAUUUGUUCAGCAUUACUUGAAAAUGAUGUGAGUCUAAACUUGGUUCAAAACCUGAGGGAUAGUAUCAAAAAGAAGAUAGAUCUCAAUAAGUUAACAUCAUUGAAAAAUAAAAAACGAGUUAUUUAUAAGACCGUUUUUGAUGAGUUAUGUAGUCUAGUAGACCCAAAUAGUGAGCCAUACAAGCCAAAGAAGGGGAUUUCUAAUGUUAUAUUAAUGGUUGGGUUGCAAGGGAGUGGAAAAACAACAUCGUGUGCAAAACUUGCAUAUUAUUAUCAACAAAAAGGAUUUAAAUCAUGUUUAGUUUGUGCCGAUACAUUUAGGGCAGGCUCAUUUGAUCAAUUAAAACAAAAUGCAAUUAAGGCCAAGAUUCCAUACUUUGGUAGUUAUACAGAAACAGAUCCAGUUGUUGUUUCUCGUGAUGGUGUUGAGAAAUUCAAGAAGGAACGAUUUGAAAUCAUUAUUGUUGAUACAUCUGGAAGACAUAAACAAGAAAAAGAAUUAUUUAAAGAAAUGAUAGAAAUUUCUAAUGCAAUUAAACCUAAUCAAACUAUUAUGGUUCUUGACGCAAGCAUUGGUCAAGCAGCUGAAUUCCAAAGUAAGGCCUUUAAAGAAAGUGUAGAUUUUGGUGCAAUAUUAAUUACAAAAAUGGAUGGACAUGCAAAAGGCGGAGGAGCUUUAUCUGCAGUUUCCGCAUCAAAAACUCCUAUUGUUUUUAUUGGAACUGGUGAACAUAUCUAUGAUUUGGAAAAAUUUGUUCCCAAUUCAUUUAUCUCUAAGCUUUUAGGAAUGGGCGAUGUUCAAGGUUUUAUGGAACAUUUACAAUCAUUAAAAUUGGAUCAAAACAAAGAUACUUUAAAAAAUAUAGAGAAAGGUAUAUUUACAAUUAGAGAUCUAAGAGAUCAUCUUGGAAGUAUUAUGAAGAUGGGACCAAUAACCAAAUUACUAAGCAUGAUACCUGGUACAAGUCAAAUGAUGGAUGGAAUUGAGGGAAGCUCAAGAAAGUUUAAAAAAUUAAUUUAUAUAAUGGAUUCUAUGACUGAAAAGGAACUUGAUAGUGAUGGAAAAAUUUUUAUUACUCAACCUUCUCGAAUUACUAGAAUAGCUGUGGGAAGUGGUACAUCAGUUUCCGAAGUAAGGAUGCUUCUAUCUGAACAUCUUAUUAUAGCGGGAAUAGCAAAGAAAGUUGGAGGAAAAGGUGGUUUAGCAAAAAAUCCAAACGUAUUAAAAAAUUCACAACAAUUAUUAUCAAUUCAGAAACAAUUACAUUCUUUAGGUGGUUCCAGUGGAAUUCCCGGAAUGGAUAUGUCUCAGAUAAUGAAGAUGACUAAUCAAAUUAUGGGAGGUAAAAAAUCAGGAGGAUUUAUACCAGAUUUUCCUAAUGUAAUGUCUCAAUUUGGUAACAUGUUUGAUGGAUUUUCAGAUAAUCAAAGAAGGCAUAAAUAGUCAUUGUUUUUCUAGAUAUAUAUUUAUAAUUUUAAUAAUAUUUUUA